AUGGCAGCUUAUGCAGCUCUAGUUUCUCUUACCAACACUAUGGAUCAGAUCCAAUCUCUCAGCAUGAAGGUUAGUUUCUUGCUAAAUUUUAUAGAGAGAGAUUAUUCUCAUGGAGUUGCAACCAAACGAGCACAACUUCUCGAGAGCCAAAUUGCAUCUGCAGCCUCUGCGGCUGAAGAUGUAAUCGAAUCUCAUGUAGUCGACCAAAUUCACGGUGGUUCGAUUACUUUGCUCGACCUCGAUACGGUAAUUCAAGACAUGGAUUACAUCAAGAAAAAAGUUAUCGAGUUCGAGGAGGAAAUUACUAGUGGAUCCAAAGAUGAUUUGCCGCCAGCAUAUUCGAUGCCGGUUACUACUUCAAUAAGACGUUUUAUCGCCGACAAGAAUACUAUGGUUGGAUUUGAUGAAGAGUUGAAUGAAAUUUUGGACAAGCUCACCGGACAAUCGUCCAACCGGCAAAUCAUUCCGGUCGUUGGCAUGGGUGGAAUUGGUAAGACUACUCUUGCCAAAAAUGCUUAUGAACAUUCACUUAUUUUGUACCAUUUCGAUAUUCGUACUUGGGUCACUAUCUCUCAAAACUAUAGUGUCAGAGGAAUUCUCUUGCAACUUCUUUCUAGGGUAAGUAUUGAAAUCGAUAGCGAAACAGACGAGCAAUUAUUAGGAGAAAAGUUGUACAAAAUGCUAUGGGGUCGGAGAUAUUUGAUUGUUGUAGACGAUAUUUGGAGUAUUGAAGCUUGGGAGAAUGUGAAACGUUUCUUUCCUGACAACAACAAUGGAAGUCGAGUUAUUGUAACUACAAGGCUAUCGAAUGUGGCUAUUCACUUUGAUGGUUCUUUGUGCCUUGAGUUGAAUUUGCUAGACGCGGAUAAAAGUUGGAAACUAUUUUGUGAAAGCGCAUUUGGUCAAGCUGGCUGCCCUCCCGAAUUAGAGGAUAUCGGAAUGGAGAUUGUUAAAAAAUGCAAAGGACUUCCUCUUUCGAUUAUUGUGAUUGGCGGGCUUCUUAGAAAGUCCCGCGGGACGCAAGAAUAUUGGAAAAGUAUUGCAAAAGAUUUGAGCUCAAUUCUAAAUUCAGGAGAAGAAGAUGACUGCUUGAAUUUAUUAUCUUUGAGCUAUACCUAUUUGCCGGCCUAUCUUAAACCAUGUUUUCUUUACAUGGCAAUUUUUCCAGAAGACAGUGCGAUACAUGUGUCCAAAUUGACCAAAAUUUGGGUUGCCGAAGGAUUUAUAAAACCAAGCAUAGACCAAAGUUUGGAAGAGAUUGCACGAGGUUACGUAAAUGAUCUCAUCGACAGAAAUCUCAUUUUGAAACAUGUUUUGGGGUCGAACGGAAAAAUUAGGCUUUGCAAGAUCCAUGAUCUUCUUAGAGACUUAUGUCUAAAGAUAGCUAAGAAAGACAAGUUUAUUUGUAUGAUGGAAGACACUACACGAGGCAUAGAUGGGGGACGUCGGAUUGUAUUAAAUGAAGGAAUUCCAAUAGUGCAUCACUCUCAAGUCUAUCCUGCUUUGAAAUCAACACCACUUACGACUCGUACUUUGUUAAUACGUACCGAUAGGGGUUGCAUGUUGCCGUUUAACAAUAGAUUAUUGAGAGUAUGCAACGUAUCUUACGAAUUUGAUGACAAGGAGAUCAAGUUGCCCAAAGAAAUAUUUGAUCAAGUUACCUUGCGGUAUCUUCGCUAUAAUACAAAAUUAAAUCUUUCUGGCAAGCUUCCUCAGUCAAUAUCCCUACUAUGGAAUAUGCAAACACUAAUUAUUAAAGGGUCGAUUCACGCACCAUCUCAAAUUUGGGAGAUGCGACAACUUAGGCACCUGGUUAUCAAAUCAUUGUACCUUUCCGAUCCUCCUCCGAGCUAUCAAAACGAUGACAUUGUUUUGCGAAAUCUACACACACUCAAGAGUGUGGUAGACUUCGAGUGGAGUGAGGAGGCUUGUAAGAGGGCCCACAAUGUCAAGAAAGUGAACAUACGGUUUUCUCGUUUCAAGCAAAGAUCGUGCCAAUACGGUCUCCACAAUCUUUGCCGUUUACAUAAACUUGAAUCACUAAAGUGCUCGUCGUAUCAUCAGGAUGAUUUUCUGCACAACCUCACUUUCCCGAGUUCGCUCAAGAAGUUGAGCUUGCAUGGUUCAAAGGUUUGUUGGGAAGAUUUGACAAAAAUUGGCUCGUUGCCUCAUCUUGAAGUUUUGAAGUUGGAUUAUAUGUGUUCGGCUGAUGGAGUACACGAGUGGAAUCCUAUUGAAGGGGAAUUCCUUCGCCUGAAAUUCCUCUUGAUAGAACAUUGUGACUUGGUUUACUGGAAUGCAGAUUGCUCUCAUUUUCCUGUCCUAGAGACACUUGUUCUUCGAAGAUUACACAAAUUGGAAGAGAUCCCUUUAGAUAUUGGAGAAAUUCCAACACUUGGAGUUAUCGAUUUAUAUUGCUGCAACGAGUCUACAGCCAUUUCGGCAAUGAAGAUUGCGGAGGAACAAGAGAAUGCAGGGAAUGAGGGACUUCAAGUUCUUGUUGUAUUCCAUGAGAUGGCACAAGUAGAGAGAUUCCAGGAAAAAAUAGAACAAUCAAAGACCUCCGUAAGCAAUAAUUUUCAUGUCAGUCCAUUUAUUUUGUAG